UUACUGCGAGCUGGAGACCGUCUUGUGGGGAGAUGACAGCUGCCUGCAGUGCGGUGUCGUCAACCGGCUGCUAGCAGAGGUGUCCUGGGACCUGACAGCUGACCAGGUGAGAUGGUGCUCUUGGAAGGCAAGGGGAGCAGCCUGCCAGGCAUUGGAGGGCAAUGCGGAGCACACAGGCAGGUUUUGCUGGCCUUGGGGCCCCACAGAGGCUCUUGAGCCAACCUGAGCCUCUGUUUCAGGGCGUGACGGAAGACACGAAGGUGGCUGCCAGUGACGUCCUGGUGGCUCUGGCCCGCUCCCACUUCAGCUUCGUGCUAGCCGAGCUCCUGGCCCAGCUGAAUGCCCCAGGGCAGAUCUCCAAGGAGUUCGUGCUCAUCACUGUGGGCAAACUCCUCAGCACCAACGCCCUGCAGUGCAUCCCCUUCAUGCGCGUGGUGCUGUUGGGGCUGCGCACCGUGGUGGGCCAGUUAGGGAGCGGCCGGAUCCUGCGUGCUGCCUGCGGUGCUCUGGAGCAGUGCGCCAAAGUGGUCAGCGUUUACAUCUGCACCUGGAAAGGAUGCUCCUUGCCUGCUACGGAGAAGGAGCAGCUCUACGAAAACCUUGCCCAGGUGUUCUGCUCUGUGGCAAGCAACUGGCUGGACUGCCAGGAGGAAGAGGACAAGCAAGCUGUCAUCGGGGCCAUGACUCCCUUGAUGCGUGUCCUCCUGCACAAGGAGGAGCACCGGGAGCAUGUCUGGGAGCAGCUCCUCUGGCUCCUGCACCAGUACCGGACGGUGCAAGACGCCUCCAGGGUGACCAAGAGCCUCCUUUCUUUCCUGGAGGCCCUGGAGCAAGUUCAGAUCCCCGUCCCCAAGGGCAAGUGUCUUGCCAUUAACAGCGUCGUGUACAGCGAGGUAAUGCCUGACACCAAAGAGCACAGCCAGGACCAUAAGGCAGAGCUGAGCCAGUGCAUCCUGCUGCAAGCUCGCAUCUGCCCAGAGGAGACGAUCCUGUUCCUGGAGUCCCAGCUGGGCCACGAGAGGGAGGCCGUGCGCGUGGCAGCCCUGGGUCUGCUCGGUGCUCUGGCACGCUGUGACGGUCAGUACCGGGGUCAGGGCUUGGAGGGCUCUCUUCCGCCCUCUGGGCUGUGCCUCCACGCAUGCCUCACUGGAUCUCUUGCAGAGCCCGCGAUGGCAGAGAAGCUGCCCCAGGUGGUGGAGGCUGUCAAGCGUGUGUGCAGGGACCCCAGCAUGCGGGUGAGGAGGGCAGUUCUGCACUUCAUCAGGGAGCUGCUCAGUGCCAAUGCCCAGAGCUGCUCAGCGUGGGACGUUGUGGGCUACAUCUUCAGCGAGUUCAGCCAGAGCUCGAGCAGAAGGGGACUCCUGUCUGCCCAGGAAGCCCAGGAAGAAGGAGCUCUCCAAGGGCUGUGCAUGGACGUCCUGGGGUCACUGGACAUCUCUGUGAGAGGGAUGGCCAAACUCCUGUGGCCGAGGCUGCUGAUCUAUGUGAUGCCAGCCAAGUACACGGGCAUGCUGAUCCCCCUCUCACGCUGUCUCCACGCCCUGGCUGAGAGAAAUGAGCUGACAGCAGGGCACGAGCAUCAUGAACUGGAUCCCGAUGUCCUCAACGCCCUGUUGCAAGACAUGACGCUGACUCCGCACAACUUGCUGGCUCGCCUGCUGGUGGUGGCGGGGUCUCCUUUUGCGGGCAGUGAACUCCAAGCUGCUGCCUUGCUGGUGAUGCAGAGCCUCCACAGCAGGAUCCACGGAGCUGUGGGGGCCACGUGGAACACCAAGAUUCCCCUGCUGCUGCAGUACCUCCAAGGAGGAAAGGGGAACAUCCCAGACGCUGCCGAGUGGGAGCGCCGUCUGCUUCAGUUCCUGAGGGCAUCCCUGGAAACCAUCGGGGACGACGCCUGGAUCAAGCGCCUGAGCUGUGCGCUGAGCCAGCGGCUGGACAGCUCUCCCAGCAGCUCUGGGGAGAAGGUCAGUUCCCUGCCCGGCUCUCCCCUGGCAGCGCAGCCACGGGGCCCCCGCCCACGUGCGGGGCUGGGCUGGGGCUGCAGGCGCUGCUCUGCCCACGAGGGCUGUCUGCGCUGCUUCCCCGGCCCUUGCCCCCCCGGCCUUUCCCUCCGUGCUGAGCGGGGCUGGCGAAAGCCCAUCCCUGCGUCCAGACUCGGCUGCUCCCUGUGCUGGCCCCGUUGCAGCACACCAGGCUGUUGCUGCAUCUCGGGCUCGGCUGUUCCCUUGCAGGCUUUCCUGUACAAGGCUCUUGGGACGACGCUGGGAGCUUGUCAGGAACUCCCACACGUCCAAGAGAACCUGCUGCAGCAUCUGACGAGAGCACAACCUGAGGAGCCAUCUGAGGCCCAGGGAAUCAUUGCUCUCGUCUGCCAAGCCGCCGACAGCCACUUCCGCCUGGCCUUGGAGACACUGACAACAUUUGCUGCCACCUCGAGCAGUGUCCGGGGCCUUAGGGUUUCCAGAGGCAGGAAGACGACCCAGGCCAGCAGGAGAGCUGAGGCCACUUGCAGGGCUGUCAUGCUCGCCCACAGCAGCAUGGCACUGCGUGCCUCCAAGGAACAACUGCUCGCCCACGUGGAGGCAGACAUCGCGGGCAACAUCCUGCUGCUCUCCAUCUCCAGCAGCCAGAACUUGCAGACCAAUCUGGCUCUGGUGCAGAGCAUCCUUGAGGUCGGCUGUGCCAUCCACGCUGUGGGGAACUUGGGCAGCUUCCAUCCUGUCCUGAAGCACAAGCUGCUGCUGAUCCUGCAGUCUCUGCACAUGGCCACGAAGGCUCUGGGCCGGCUCAUGGCAGUCCUGCUCAAGGCAAAGCCAAGCCCUGUCGACUUGGUAGACAUCGCCGAGGUCCUGUGGUUCUGGCUCUCCUCGGACGAUCCGUGGGUGUGCAAGAAAGCCCUGCAGGUCUGCGCCCAGCUGCUGGAGGACUGCAGAGAUGGAGUGGCUUUUCAGACAAGAGGUGCCUACCUGCCGUUUGGCGCCUUGGCGGGAUUGCUGGGGCCUCUGACCUGUGAGCCCACGAGCAGCUCCCGCCAGCUGGCCGCUGCCUGCCUCAGCUCCCUUCUCCACAUCCAAGCUAAGGCCACGAACAGGGUGUUGGAGACAGACGACCCUGAGAGCUUGUGUGAGGGGCUGAGUGCUCGCAGCGAUGCAUCUCAGCAGCUCCAGACCUCCAUCAAAAUCGCAGAGAUCGUUUGCAAAAACUUCCCCAAAGAACAGGCCGCACACUUCAUGAAUGCCAUCCUGGGGCCCUUCCGGCAUGCCAGAGGAAGCCGCGUGCGUGCUGCAGGCAACUGGAUGCUCACCUUUCUGGAAACGUGUGGCAAGGACAUUGGUCCAGACGUGCAAGGAAUCGUCUCCGCCCUGCACACCUGCACAGAGUCCAUGCUGGAGCCCUCGUUCGUGUACUUCGUGCACCAUGCGGUGCUGAUCCUGGCCCGCUAUCACCGGGAGCUCACGCUGAACAUCAUCCUUGAGAAGUUUGUGCCUAUGGACAGGCCUUUUUGCGAAACUCUCAUGUCAGUGCUGAGCAAAUGCGCUGAGAAGAGCUGGCUGACGCCGUUCUGGAGGCAGAAGAUGUCGGCGCUGCUGGAGAGCCCCCGCACUUAUGCCGAGGGCAUGUGCCUCCUGACGAGUGUCCUGCUCCGUGCCCAGCUCAUCUCCCGGGAGCUGAUUGAGAUCUUCUCCCAGUGGCUGCGCUACCCAUCAGCAAACCUGCAGCUGACGGCCAUGGCUUUCUUUGCUGAGCUGAUGAAGGAGCCGCCUCUUGAGAAGAGGAACGUCCUGAAGACUCUGCGUGUCUUGGCUGAGAAAGCACAGCACCGAAGCAGCACCAUAAGGCAGCUGGCAGCGAGAGCUCUGGGCAACGCAGCCGGCAGCAUGCCCGUGGAGGUGCGGAAGCACGGGAGACAAGUUGUCCAGGUGCUGCAACAGAGCCUGGCGGACACUGCCUGUCCCGAGGUGGUUGCAGAAAGCAUGCUGGCGCUAGCUGAGCUCAUGAGGGUGCUGCAGGCGGUGAACUUGGGAUCGGCCUUUGAAGACAUCGCCAGGGCCACCAAGAUGUUCUUCGAGUCUAAAGAAGAGUACCUUCGCUACUCGGCCUUGCGCCUCUAUUCAGUCCUGGCCUCCUCAGCCUCCAGCAAGCGGUCGUUCUUUGCCGGAGAAGUGGCGGAGACAUGGGUCAGCCUUUUCCUGCACCUCCGGGAUCCCGACUUUGCAGUUGCCAGCGUAAGUGCCCUUGGAGCUUGCUCCCAAAGCCCCCGAAAGCUGCGUGGCCACGGCCGAGGCGUGGCUGGCUGA